CAUAUUCUUGCUAAAUGCAACAGCAUUGAAACCUCUUUAUAUAAUGGAAGUGAUAACAUAAGUGCUGAGCUCCCAAAACCUGUGACUUCUUUUGGUGAUCUUAGGACAAAUUAUGGGUUUGAUCACAACGUUCUCGAAAAUACUGCUUCAAUGCAGUAUAACCUUCCCAGUGCCGUGCAGUCUUCAUCAAUUCCAAUUCUUCAUAAGCAAUUUCACCUAGUUGCUUGUGCUCCCACUGGGACAGGAAAAACUGCUGCAUUUCUCCUCCCAAUUAUAAAUCAGCUCGCCUCUGAAAAUAUCUCAGGAAUUCAGACUGAUUACAAGCCUUCUGAUAAGAUUUCGCCUAUGGCACUUAUCCUUGCCCCCACACAAGAGUUGCUACGACAAAUAUGGGCUGAUGCUUUGCGCUUAUCAACUGGUAUAGCAAAGCCUGGACAAAUCGUCGUUCUCUCACGAAAGCACUAUGCAAAUAGAGGAAAAUUAAGAAACAAAGGAGCUACAAGUAAAAAUGCUUAUAUCAAGGAACGUUGUUUGCCUAAGUUAACAAAAAUAAUAGUUGCCACACCUCAACGGGCUUCGUUUCUUUUCUCUCUUCCCCCCAAGGAUACACCUUUUGAUUUAAAAUCGCUCUCUUGGCUCGUUAUAGAUGAGUGUGACAAGAUGCUUGAAAGCGACUUCUAUACCCAAUUAAUAAAUAAAGAUAUCAAAAACGAAAUGAAAUCUGGGCAUCACAUCAAAUCAUUUCAUGAUCAAUUAAAACCUCUAAUAGGUUCUAUUUCAAGUCUGCUGAUAAAGAAACAUGGGUUGAGGAGAUUGACCGUGGCUCUUUUUUCCGCUACAAUUCCUACUGAGGUUCUCGAUUGGGCAAAAUAUGAGUUAGUGGAUAAACCUCUAAAAAUCACUCAUGAUAGUGAUAGGAGCACUACAUCUAAUAUAACCGAUUUCAUGCUAGUUCAUCUGCAAGUUGGCUUAAAAGAUGCUUCUGCUUCUACCGUUCGUCAGGAAUUGAAGUAUUGUGCCACGGAACAGGGUAAACUUUUAGAACUGCGGUGUAUGCUUGCUCGUGGUAUGCAGUACCCAUGCUUAAUUUUUCUCGACUCCCGCAAACGCGCCAUGGAAGUGUUUAAGGAAAUUCUUUUAUCCAACGCGGAUAUAUUAGCCAACUUUAUUUCCAGUGAAAAAACGGAGUCUCAGAGAGAAGCUAUUGUUCGAUCUUUUCGCGAGGGAAAAAUUAAUAUCCUCAUCUGCACAAAUCUCCUUGCUCGUGGGAUUGACUUCAAGGUAUGUCGAUAG